AUGGCAAGGGAUGUUGCUCAAUUUCUCCGGAAUAAGUUCCUGGCAUCUCUUAGCGAGACAGAGUCUGAAUUAUCAGGUGCUGUUCUGAUUUCUGACUUGGGAGCAAUCAAAGAUAUUUUAAUAGCUAUAGAUACUCGAAGACUUACGGGAGAUUACUACUGUCGCUUUAUCUCUGUGCUCCUGGACCUCACCGACGCAUUGACCAAGUGCCAGGUCUUCUCACAUGAGUGGAAGAAGCAUAGUCAUCACAAGACUCAUUUAAUAGUCUUCAACCAUUUGAGUUUGAGGAAGAUUUGUUUCGUGCUGAAGAUGAAGAAGCGGCUGGCUGCAAUAAAACGCAUCUUCGAGGAUGAGUUUAUGAAAAAGGAAGAAAGAAUUUAUAACUUGAGGGAAUCAUCAAGUCGUCCUGAUCCUGAAGAGAAUUUAGAGAGCGAACUACCUGUAUUAAUACAUUGCCGUCGAAGAUUUGAGGCUGAAGUUGUGGGAUUUGAUGAGAAAUUACGGAAGAUUGGGGACUUUCUUUUAAAAUCAUUGCCGCCGUCAGGUGCUGGAUUUGCGGCAGUUGGGAUAAUGGGCAUGGCAGGCGCGGGUAAGACCACUCUGGUGCGCGAGGUUUUGAGUUGGUGGAUAGUGCGAGGUGAAUUUUCUCCUAUAAUUUGGUUAUGCUUGUCGAAUAUAAUCAAAGAAAAUAAACAAGUAGAAGAAGAAAUUGAGGUCAGCAUUGUGAAAUGUAUGCUUAGUAAGUUGGACCACGAUGCCGUUGCCAAUGGAGAUGGCAUCAUCCAGGAGGAGGAGAAGAUAAUAAGUAGUAAUAAUAAUUCUGGUCAUCUCUCUCAACCAACAUUUAUCAGAUAA